AUGAUAACAAGAACUCUCUUAAACAUCUCAGGGCAAUCCUAUCGUUGUCACGUUAGUAAACUAUCUGUUCGUGCUUUGCAGACAACAGCUGCCAAAGCGCAAAAGGAGUGUUUUGUUGAAGAGUUGGAAGAAGAAAAUACAGGCAUUGCAGUAAUAAAUUUUAAUCGUCCACAAACGAGAAAUGCAAUUUCGCGUAAUUUUUUAGAUGAAUUUCGAGAGGCUAUUGAAGGAUUGAGAUAUCACACUAAGACGAGAGUUGUAUUGAUUCGCAGUCUGGUAGAUAAAGUGUUUUGUUCUGGGGCAGAUCUAAAGGAACGCGCUACAAUGUCUUCAGAAGAAAUAUCUAAAUUUCUUAAUAACUUACGACACGCAUAUCGAGGACUCGAAACGCUUCCUAUGCCAACAAUUGCGGUUAUUGAUGGUGCGGCUCUUGGUGGAGGCCUAGAGUUGGCCCUAUGCUGUGAUAUGCGAGUUGCUGGCGAGCACGCGAAAAUUGGGCUUCCUGAAACUAAGCUUGCAAUAAUACCUGGGGCAGGUGGUACUCAACGAUUAAUGCGUGUAAUUGGUCUUGGGAAGGCAAAAGAAUUGAUUUUUACUGGGAGAAAUUUGAAUGGACAGCAAGCUUUAGAUCUAGGAAUCGUAAAUUAUGCUGUUAAAGGAGGAUCAUCUUUCCCAAAAGCUCUCGAAUUGGCUAGAGAAAUCUUGCCGACUGGACCGAUUGCAAUUCGAUUAGCCAAACUUGCAAUUGAUCGAGGAAGCCAAGUGGACUUAGAGUCAGGACUGGAUUUCGAAAAAACCUGUUAUGAUCAAGUUGUCCCAACCGAAGACCGUAUUGAAGCAUUGAAAGCGUUCAGUGAAAAAAGAUCGCCAGUAUUUAAAGGAAGAUAA